AUGCCGCAUCCAUUGACUCCACCGAGAAUUUACAUUACAUCCGUGGAGGAAGGCACCGUGGAAGAUACGCGCGCACCGCGCAAGGACGGUGGAUCGGUGGCGGCAGCCGUAGGUCUGAAUAAUAGUGCAUCAUCGGUAGUGAUUCCUUCGAUUGACUUGGCCAUGGCAUUAAGUAAACAACAGAUCUUGAACACAGCGAGCAACGACGGUGCACUACCUCUAACCAGCGCUAGCGAAAGCGAAUGGCAUCCGGUGAGAGCAGUAUCCGGAGAUGGUGGAGGGAAUGGAAUGCCGCAGCUGUACACGCGCCCUGUCAGUCCGAAUGACCAUGAAGCGACAACGAUUCCAACGAUAGUUCGCAAGUACCCAGCGUUGGAGCGUAACUGGCCCAUCACGUCGCAACCGUUGGCAUUGUUGAUCGUAUUUGGGCUUCUGUGGGCCGUAGCGUACGCCAUCCUGCCGACCGAACUGUCCCAUCCUGCCGGCGGCCUGAUGCGACUCGUGUUUCUGUUCGUCGGUGCGGAGGCCUGCGGCAUUCUCGUUUCGCUAACCGGACUACCGGACAUGCUCGGUAUGCUGUUUUGGGGCGUACUGUACGCCAACGUGGGCUGGGCCGACUUUACCGGGUACGAGCGGGUCGAGGUGUUUCUGCGCGAGAUGGCGCUCGUCAACAUAAUGCUGCUGGCCGGUUUGGGGCUGGACUACACCGCCUUACGGAGUCUGUUUCGCUUCAUCAUGCAGCUUACACUGGUGCCGACCGUGGCAGAGGUUGUGGCCGUCGCGGUGCUUUCACAUUACCUCCUCGAUUUACCGUGGUUUUGGGGUGUUUUGCUCGGCUUGGUCGAAACAGCCAUCUCGCCGAACGUCGUCGUUACCGUGCUGCUCCGACUGAAGGAAGAACGACUCGGCCUGAAUAAAGGAAUUCACACAUUAAUCAUCGCCAUGACAAGCUGUAAUGAUGUUCUGGCAAUUUUCCUGUUCGGCGUCAUUCUGGGUGUGAUAUUUUCCACCGGUGAUCUCACCAGUCAGAUCCUGCAGGGACCGAUCGGCAUCGUAAUUGGGCUCGUCUACGGGAGUCUGUGCGGUCUUGCGCUGCUGUACGUGCCCUCUUAUCACGCGAAAUAUACUAACGGGUUGCGGUUCACAAUGGCUGCCCUGGCUGGCACGUUGUCGGUGGUGGGAAGCAAAAAGGUGGGUUACCCUUCGGCAGGUGCGCUCGGUUGCAUCGUGACGGCGUUUGUUGCAGGUACGGGUUGGCGCAAACGGCCCCCGACUGAGUGCAACGAGGUGAGCAUGUAUUUGGAUCUACUGUGGAAAUUUCUGAAGCCGGUGUCCUUUUCGUUGAUCGGGAAAGAGGUGAAUUUUUCGGUACUAGAGGGCGAAACGGUCCUGUACGGAGUGAUUACGCUGCUGGCGGCGGUGUUGCUGCGAUUGGUUUUUUCCUAUCUUUCUACGAUGGGCAGCGAGCUAAAUUGGAAGGAAAAGGCGUACGUCACGCUGUCUGGUCUUCCCAAGGCUACCGUGCAAGCUGCGUUGGGACCGGCCGCUAUGGAUCUUGCUCGUAGUCUAAAUGCAACGGAUGAGUACGCGCGGGCACAAACCGUACUGAUCGUAACGGUGUUAGCAAUUAUUCUGACUGCCCCGCUUGGUGCGUUGCUGAUGAUCAAAUUGGCUCCGCGCUGGUUGAAACGAUCAACGGAUGAGCGGACGGAUCAAUACAGUUGA